GGCCGCCGCGCGCCCCGCCCGCCUGUGCUGUGUCGAGUCGCGCGCCGCGAGUGUUCCCAAGUGAUGUCGACUUGUGACUAGUGCCAUGCUCGUGCUGCGCUGUGUCCUGCUGGCGGCACUCGUCGCUGCCGCCGCCGCCGCCUGGCAGGAGAACGUCAGGCCCAAGGUCUUCGCACAAUUAGGAGUGGAUGACACGCACAAGUUUCUAGGAAACGAUACACAUACAGAUUACUUCAGAUUAUUAUUAAGGGAUGGAAAUUAUCUGCUCGUCGGCGGCAGAAACGUGGUGUACAACCUCAGCCUGACAGACCUGACGGAACAGCGCCGGCUGGUCUGGUACUCUCCCGAGAAUGACGUAAAGAUGUGCGUCGUCAAGGGGAAAGAUGAGGAGAGCUGCCAGAACUACAUCCGAGUGUUGGUCUCCCUCGGCCCUGGGAGGCUGCUGGUCUGCGGCACCAACAGCUUCAGGCCGUUCUGCAGAGAGUACAGUGUGCAACGAGACUCCUACCACAUGGAGCGAGAGAAGUCGGGGCAGGCUGUAUGUCCUUACGACCCUGAACAUAACUCCACUGCUGUUUAUGCUGAUGGAGAAUUAUAUUCAGGCACAGUCGCAGACUUCAGCGGCAUGGAGCCGAUCAUCUACAGAGAACCACUACAAACAGAACCAUACGACUCCAUGACACUAAAUGCUCCGGACUUCGUGAAUUCGUUGGUGCAUGGAAACUUUGUCUAUUUCUUCUUCAGAGAAACAGCAGUUGAAUAUAUCAACUGUGGGAAGGCGGUGUACUCCCGAGUAGCGCGAGUGUGCAGAGACGACCGAGGCGGGCCGCAUCGGUUCAAGCAGCGCUGGACAUCAUUCCUCAAGUCCAGACUCAACUGCUCCGUCGCUGGAGACUUCCCUUUCUACUUCAAUGAAAUACAAUCAACGACCGAACUAAUAGAAGGUGUAUACGGAGGUUUAAACGCGCAGUUGAUCUACGGAACCUUCACGACUCCGCCUAACAGUAUAUCUGGCAGUGCCGUCUGCGCGUUCAGCAUGCAGGACAUUGCUGAUACCUUCGAAGGGACCUUUAAAGAACAGAGUGCGAUCAACUCCAAUUGGUUGCCUGUUAAUAGUGCUAAAGUACCAGAGCCACGUCCGGGAACGUGUCACAACGAUUCAAGACAGCUUCCCGAUCAGACAUUAAACUUCAUCAAAACACACGCUUUGAUGGAUGAGUCUGUCCCAGCUUUCUUCGGAGAACCCAUCGUUAUUCGCACUAGUUUCCACUACAGAUUUACGCAGAUAGCGGUAGAUCCACAAGUUAAAACUCCUGGAGGGAAAGCGUACGAUGUCUUGUUCAUUGGAACAGACAACGGCAAAAUCAUCAAAGCCAUCAACGCAGUGUCCUACGACUCGAACAAGCGCGCAGUGCCAGUAGUCAUCGAGGAACUGCAGGCCUUCGCAGCAGGGUCACCAGUGAGAGCGCUGAGGGUCGCCCGCGCUGGUCGUGACGCCGCCCGGCUGAUCGCCGUGUCAGACCGACAGGUGCUCAGUCUGAGGCUGCAUCGGUGUUCCAGUGAUAAGAUUAGUUCUUGCUCUGAAUGUGUGGCGCUACAAGACCCAUACUGUGCGUGGGACAAACAGGCGGGUCGGUGUCGCGCCUUCUCCCACGGCGUCAGUCGGUGGCUCGACGAGAACUCCUUCUACCAGAGCGUCAGCACUGGCAGCCAUACGGCUUGCCCUCAUAGUAAAGACGCAGGCGCAGUAGGAGGACUCAGUUCAGGGUUAUACGACGACGCCAGGGGAGAGCCGAAAGGAGAAGUGAUAAACAUCGUACAAGACAAGGACGGCAAAGGAGGUGGUGGAGGUAACGAAGGUCCUGAGGUGCUUGCAGCUGAUCCCCCACCGGCUGCGUACUCAGUAGAAACGUUAGCAUUAGCAGUAGCGGCAGGUGCUUUAGCCGCAUUAGGAGCAGGCUUCGCAGCCGGCUACAUCUGCGGCAGGAGAUGCAAAAAGGACGACGACGACAAUAUGCCUUACCCCGAUACUGAGUAUGAAUAUUUCGAACAAAGGCAGAAUAUUAAUAGGAUCCAAGCGGAGCCGAAGUUAUUACAGCAAGUUGAAGAAGUGACGUACGCAGAGCCAGUUCUAGCUCCUCAGCCGAAGCCGGCGUCCCCCCGCGCUACUCUGCGCAAGCACCCACCAUACCAUCCUCACCAUGAGACGCUGUUCCAGUUCCAGCCUGACGCCUACCGUCGCGACAACUUCGGAACCCUUCGCUCGCAUCAGGUCAAUGGCGAUGGGUACCGGCGGGGCAACGACAAUGGCUUCUCGACCACGCGAUCAGUGAAGAAGGUGUACCUCUGAGAAACAAGCGGGGCGGAUUCGCGCGACCAAAUGCAUCAUCAUAAACAUAAUACGCACCACCACCAUACUUUGGUGUCGCAGCGCAGCAGCGGCUCGGGCUCUGCGUCGGCGAGUGGCGGCGGAUCGUCGUCGUCGCCGUCACCGCCGUCGUCGUCCCCGUCGCCGUCGGGCGAGCGGCCGCCCACGCCGCCGCCGCCCGCGCCGCAGCCCUGCGCCUACAUCUACCGCAACUAGCGCGCCGCCCCGCUCCCCGCACCGCACGUCGCCCGUGCCGUCUACGUCAUACGGACACCGCCCCCUACCCACGUGACGACACUUGACAACGUGAUUAUGACAUUCCAAAAUUGAACAUUGUUAUUCGAAUCGUAUUCGACUGAGUGACGUUCGAUCGAACGUGUUUUGUUAUUGCCGACGAUAUUGACCCUCUAGUGAAUGAAACGUGGAUACAAAGUCGUAUUGCCUGUAUUAUACGUUGAAGCUGUUGAGCGUUCAUUGAGAACGCACUUUCGAAAUGGCGGAAUUCUAAAUGAUUUGUAACUUGAUAGUAUAGAUACUAUGUUUAAAUGUGGAUUGUUAAAACAAAUGCAUGAUACAAAACAUUCUUCCAUGAAAAUAAAUAUUAUAUACGUACUGGUGAUUAUCCACAAUCUAAAUUGAUCGUAUCUAUGGUCAGAGGAUGUGAGACAAAAAAAUAUGUAUUUUUUUUAAAAGACGGAACAAUAUUAUCGAUUGAUGUAUGUAAGAGGAAUAAUGUAACAAAUUGUAGAUUGUUUAGAAUAUACAUAGUUUACAAAUAAUGUAGGUGAAAAUAUAAGUUUUUGUUGGUAACAUGUUAACGAAUAGUUAAUUUAAAACUGUGAUUGUCAUUGCAGUUUUUGCAAAACUGUUCGAUCGGCAUUGUUUUCAACAAAAUGGAAGAGUUGCAAUGGAGUCACAAAAUGCUUUUUUACAUAACUACUAUUUUUAGCAUAACGUCAUUAAAUAUAGGGAGGGUUCUCUUAUUCUAAAGUUUUAGCGUUACUAUAACUCGACAACAUUGUCUACAACACCGUACAACUCACCUGAUAAUGAAGACACACAAAUGUUUUUUGUUCAACAAGUUGUGUUGUGCAAUGUUGCCGAGCUAUACCUAGAUUAAACGAUGAUUAUAACAUUAUAGUUGAAACAAUGACAUUAUGAAACACAAAAUAUGAUAUAAAUUAUAUUUACCAUGUAUAAAAUGAUAUGUAAAGUUCUGAUACUUAUUCAUUCAUUAAAAAGUGCUUCUUAUGGGUGUAUUUAGAGUACUAGGAGGUCGUUUUGAUAAUUAUUGGAUAAUGUUAUAGAUUUAGCUAUUAUGUAUACAUAGAUACAUAUAAUGAUAGUUAAGGCGGCACUGUGGUGCCACAUUGCCAAUCUAGAUUGUUGGUGCGCCAUCGCGUAGUUACGACCCGUAACUGUGAUCAUCGUGUACAUACAUUCUGUGACACUGACGACGUCUCCUUUUGUCUACUGUCGUUUCUAUAAAUUAACUUUCCGAAAAUGUGGGCCAAAACGUUUGUAAAAAUCCUUUUUCGAAAGACGUUCCUGUUGCUAAUUUUGUAAUUGCCGAGGAAUUAGAAUGUUCUCGUUGAAUAAUCGCUUUAUGAAUUAUUUUGUAAUCUAGCUAGCAGUUACUUUGAUCCCGAGAUUGUAUAGUGUUCAGACUCAUCUUCGCUCAUUGUUGACAAUUGAAUGUGUGUAAAGAAAAUGUCAAUUCUAUUUGUAAUGACUUAGUGCCUAAGUGUGUGUGGCAGGAUUGUAAUUUGUACAUUACAAAGAUUCCGUUUUAUUUUGGACUGAGUUAGUGCGGACAUUAGCGCCUUUAGAGUAGCGAUUACAGUAGACAAGACGUAAUGAAACUAUAGAUACUGCCUCAGAGCUCUGGUGACAUCUCUCGACUGUGCUAUUGACACCUAAUGUUAUCUCAUCUAAAAAUCCAUACAAAAUGUAGAGCACAAAAUGGAGAUGUAUUUUCUUGUCAGAGCUUUUUGGCAGUAAACAGAACAUAAUUUUUAUACGCCAUAAUAAUAAAAAAGGCAUUCUCGACAUUGCCUUCAUAAUACUCAUGUUUAUUUUUCAUUUUUAUAUAAUACCAAAGAUGCCAUGAUUUUAAUGUAAAUUAUUUAUUUAUAGUAGUGAUUGCUAAUAACAUUUAUUACUUAAUCAACUUGUUAUUUUAUAUGAAUAUAACUGCCAAUUUGUAUACUUAUUUUAUAAUUAACCAAAGCAACGCACAGUUUAUUUUUUAAAUUAAUUAAUCCAUACGAUAUGUAGAUGCUUUAAUAUGGCAGAAUUGUUCGGAAAAUGUAUAUUUACAAACUGUGAAAAUGGCAAAAAUAAUAAAUAUUAUCCGUCUUACCACAAAAACUUUUUAACGUCAGUUUAAGACUUGUCUAAAAAAAUGUCAAAUUAUGACGUUGACAUAUGGUUCAUUUUGGAGCCACAUUUUUUUUAGACAAGUGUAAAACAGUUGCUAAAGUUUUUGUAGUAAGGCCAUAAAAGUAUAAAGCUUGCAGUCCUUAGUCAAGUAGUAUCUAAAGAGUAUUUAUCAUGUUACAAAUUACUGUUAUGACGUCAUAAGAGUUGAUUGAAUGUAUAGUCCGUUAUAAGUGACCCUAGUGAUGCGCUCCUUCUGGAGUCGUCCGUCGAGUCAUACGUGGGGUUGUCAGUUGUCACUCAACCUUGUCAAAGCGACACGUGGUUGCCAUUUUCACAGCUUGUAAUGCGAAAAUUAAUGAACACGUACAUACGUAAGUGAGGCUAGUACCUACUUGUAAAUAGCAAGUUCUGUAAUGUAAUUAGUUUUCGUCGAGUAAAUAAUUUAAGCGUUAGCAUGUAAGCGCAAGAAAUUUUUGAAAAGUGAAUUGUUAAGAAUUGUUUUUUGUAUUACUUAAAAAAUAAUAUUGAUGAAAUGUACAAUAACCAUUUCUACGUUUAAAUUACUGAACCACCUUUUUAUACUCGUAAAGUUAAUUGUAAUCAUAAACAUGCCUAGAAGUUUCUUGUACUAAGCGUAAAAAUAUUGAUUUAUAAUAUAUUGAGAAUUAUAUAGAUCGUAUCGUAACGUAGAUUAUAAUAGACCGCUUAAUUUUGUUUGAAACUCGAAGCCUUAGUGUUAGAAAUUGAAGACUUUUAUUGAAAUAAAGAACUAAGUAACAGAUUGGAUUAAAUAAAGAUGAUCCGCAACUUUUAAUAAAAAAUAUAAUGUUAAGGUAUAGCUCGUUACGUCACGUUACUCUCAAACUAUCCAUCACAUAAUUACUAUAUGUUAUAGCAUGUAAAUACGAAGAAUGAGUUCUAAAGCCAGGCGGGUAAGCGCCACUUUUCACUGAGACCUGGUAUAUGGUUACGCGACACGCUAUUCGUUAAAAAUUUACAGAACGUUAAAGUAUACCUUAAUAAAUUAUAUUCACUUUUAAUGACAAUUGCCUUAGUGCAAAAUUAGAUGUAUGCCUCGAUACUCAGUGAACUGUAGGCCUCUACAGGAUAAGGAAGUAAAUACGUUUGGUUUCGCUGCGUAUGUCAUAUUUUUCUACUUGGAAAGUUUUCUCGGAGUUCUAAUUUCAAAAUUGUGCGUUAGAAUUUUAAAAUUAGAAUUGUUAGCAGCAACGCAUAGUUUUUGUUUUCUACGUAAAGGAUUUCUUUAUCACAAAAUGUUUAAUAUAAUAUUUUAGUAUAUUUACUAAACUUAACACCUUAUUGGGCACGAUUGCCUGCCCACCAACCAAUAAAAAUUAAGGUAAAAAUUGCAGAAAGAUACGAUUUUUUAAUUAUUUUCAUGAACUUAAAGAUUCAAAUCUAUGAAGCAUUUUGUGAUAAGGAAACGGGACGGUAUAUCACGAUGUAACUGUGGGAAGUGCCUAACUAUAUUACCUAUUUGCACCUGUAGUAUAAACGAAGCCCGUUAAUUCCCAUGAACCGACCAUUAAUUACCAGAUUUAUAAGCGUUAGUUUAAAUUUAAACUUUGUUCCGCCAUCUUAGCAGAACCGCGCAUGCGUGAUGGAAGUGUGAACAUAGAUUAAAAUUAAACUUUUAUCUUCCAUGCUAAGUGAUAGUGAGUUUCUAAUAGUGUGCCUUUAGUAUCGCAUAGUUACCGCCCUUUAGAAACUCGAAAAGAAUAUUGGAAAUAGGUCUAUCUAUUUAUUUUUGAACCUCAUGAACAGUCAUAACUUCAUACAAUUUUACUAGUAGUCAUAAUGUAUACGUCAUCAUUUACAGAUAAAUUCACUUAUUACAUUACCUGUUAUUCCAAUUCACUAUGUCUAUACCUGAUGAUAGUUUGGUAAUCUAUGAUAAACCUAUGAUUAUUAAAAUUACCUUUUCAUUCUCAUAAACUCAUACAUGUUUUGUACUAUCUUAUGAUUUGCUCUUUUCUCCAGUGACAUGAAAGAUGUAGCCAUGUAGCCUCUGUUUUGAGUGUAACCUAUGUGUGGCCUCCGAACCAUUGUUACAGUCGAGUCGAAACAAAGUUUAAACUUAAAGCAGAGUCUAGUUUUAGUUUCUUUUAAGGCAUAGGUUUAAGUAGGGGUUUUAUAAAUAAUAAUGCAAACGCAAUUGCAGUGAUAGAACUGUUACACCUUAUUCGCUGCCCGUAUUUAUAGAGUGCAAUUUUUUUAUAACUAGAGACAAAUAGAUUGUAAAACAUUGAUUUGCAAAAUAUGAAAUAGGGAGCUCUGUGAAGCAAAGUUUUAUAUUUUACUCUUCAUUGUUUGAAAUGUUAUGAUCAUUUUCUCAUUAAAAUAUUAUUAAUAUUAUGCUAAAUAUUUUAGCAAAGGAUAAAAUGUAUUCCUUUUCUUUAGUAAAUAAAAUAUUGAAACUCGAAA